AUGGGGGCUACAGAAUUUGAGGGUACACUAGACCCAGAGGUUGCUGAGAGAUGGUGGGAAAAAGUCGAAGAUGUGAUGAACUUAAUAAAUUGCACUCCAGAGGAUCGACUUAAGUAUGUUGUUUCUUUGUUCGUGGGUAAUGCCUUGAUUUGGUGGAGGUCUGUAAAGAGGGGAUAUGAGCCAAGAGAAAUAACUUGGGCUGAGUUUCAGAAAGAAUUUGAUGAUAAAUACACACCCAAGAUGUACCGAGACAAGAAGAGGAUGGAGUUUCUGAAUUUAGUGCAAGGGGAUGAUCAGACAGUGGCAGAAUAUGAACUCCGUUUUGCAGCAUUAGCCAAAUAUGCACCAGAAGCAAUUGCAAUGCAGGAGGAUCGUUGUUAUCGUUUUGAACAGGGGCUACGACCAGAGAUCAGAAAAGGCCUCGCAAUCAGAAUUACAAAUUUUAAAACUCUUGUUGAAUCGGCGGUUCGGAUGGAAGAAGCAGUAAUGGAGGACAAAAGGAAGGGGGAGGAGAAGAGGAAAUCAACAUAUGCAAUAGGGGAAUCGAGUAGGUUGACCAAGAGGGGAACCGGUCGCUCAUUCUCAGCGGGAAGUGGGAGUUUUACACGUGGUGGUCCCAUUUUUCGAGGAAGCAGUGGACAGAGGUUUGGGGGAUCCACGGGCUAUAACAGAGGUUCAUUCGAACGCAAUUCAUUUGCUAUGCCUUCUACUGGAUCAGGAAGGAGAGCUGGACCGAGUUAUGGUCGAGGACCAGUUUUUCCUCCGAGUUGUUCUACUUGUGGAAGACAACAUCAAGGGCCAUGUUGGAGACGGGAUAAUAUACCGAAGACUUGCUAUCGCUGUGGAGGAUUGCCACCGCAUAGGGAAGUGGAUUUUGCCAUAGAAACUCUUCCAGGAGUUGCCCCAAUUUCUAUUGCGCCGUACAGAAUGGCUCCAGUGGAAUUACACGAGCUCAAAAAGCAAAUUGAAGAAUUAUUGGGGAAAGGGUUUAUCAGGCCGAGUACUUCGCCGUGGGGAGCACCAGUGCUGUUUGUGAAGAAGAAAGAUGGGAGCAUGAGGUUAUGCAUCGACUACCGGCAAUUAAACAGAGUAACAGUGAAGAAUAAAUAUCCAUUGCCGAGGAUUGAUGACCUGCUAGACCAGCUAAAGGGAGCUACAAUAUUUUCAAUGAUCGAUUUGAGGUCUGGGUAUUGGCAGUUGAGGAUUGCAGAGAAUGACAUACCGAAGACAGCUUUCCGUACUCGUUAUGGUCAUUAUGAGUUUCUGGUGAUGCCCCCUUUGGUAUCUGGUGAUGGGGUUAUGCCUGACCCUUCAAAAGUAAAGGCUAUUACGGAAUGGAGAGUGCCAAAGAAUGCCACUGAAGUCCGAAGCUUCUUAGGGUUGGCUGGAUAUUACAGGAGAUUUGUUGAGGGUUUCUCUAUAAUUGCCGGUCCUCUAACCAAGUUGCUAAGAAAGGGGGUAGAAUUUCAGUGGACGGAACAGUGUCAACAAAGUUUUGAUGAGUUGAAGAAGAGACUGACCUCCAAUCCAAUUUUGGUUUUGCCAUCUGGUAGCGGUGGAUAUAUAGUGUAUACAGAUGCUUCCAAACAGGGUUUGGGAUGUGUGUUGAUACAAAGCAGAAAG